AUUGUCGAGUUCCACAACGUACGGAUAUAAUGUCAUACGUGUCAAACGUGACAUAGCACCGGUUUCAUUGUUCUUGAGUUGUAUGUAUGUGUGAGUGUAUGUAGUAUUAAUUAAAUACAUCAUAUAUAUAUAUAGAUAUACAUGUAUAUAUAUAAAUACAUAUAUAUUUAUAUAUAUAUAUACACGUGCGCUUGUAUAGAAAUGUAUUGAUGCACUAUUUACUGUGUGUACAGAUAGGCUUGUGUAUGUGUGUCUGUAAAUGUGUAUAUAUUUACAUAUAUAUAUACGUGUGUGUGUAUGUGAGUAUGUUUGAAGUAGUUUAGUGCUCAACUGUGUAAGAAGAGGUGCUCGAAAGAGGGACAAUCUCUUUUCUGAAGACAUCCACUGAAGAUUGUUUUGCUAGAGCCUUCCGACUGUUUCUUUGAGAAGUGGAAGAGAAUUUUCCUGCCAGAACUACCAGUUAUCAUUCUGAUGGUGCCAUUCAGUGCUACGUUAAGGUUUACUACAGACUGUUAAAGACUAAACCUUCUGCUUCUCAGAUAUAUUUGUUAUAUAAAGUAUGGAGAAGCUUCACCGAGAAAAGGGGAUUCCUGGGGAUGUUUGUAGCAAAACUCAAUACACAAAUGACAAAUCAGGGGUCAGAGAUGUUUGUAAUAAGUCUCAGUUUUCCAAUGUUAAGUUAAACCCUGCAGAUAUUUGCAGUAAGGCCCAAUUUCCUUCUGUCUCAAGCACCAUGACAUCACAGAGGAUUGCACAUGUUGGGGAGAAGCCCCUGCACAACAGCAUCUAUGACAGCCAGUUUGUGCAGGGCUGCUAUCUUCAGCCCCAUGGACUCGUCACUAACAAUCAGAAACUGUUCCAUGUCGAUGUCUACAACAAACAACUGUCACCGAACUGCUAUAUACCGACUCAUGAAAGAGGUCAUACGGGGGAGAAACAACAGCAACAACAACAGCAGCAGCAGCAGCAGCAACAACAACAGCAGCAACAACAACAACAACAGCAGCAACAACAACAACAACAGCAGCAGCAACAACAACCACCUCAACAACAGCAGACACAGCAUCAGCAACAACCACCUCAACAACAGCAGACACAGCAUCAGCAACAACCACCUCAACAACAGCAGACACAGCAUCAGCAACAACCACCUCAACAACAGCAGACACAGCAUCAGCAACACCUACAGCAACAGCUGCAGCAGCAGCAGCAACAACAUCAACAACAGUCUCAAAGUGGUCCUAUUUGUCAAAAGCAGCCAGUCAUAAGCAAGGCCAUGCCCAUUGCUUCAAAAUCUCAAGUGUGUUCCAAACUCUAUCACUGUGAUCUUUGCCCGAAGCAGUUUGUGCGUCGAAAUACUUUAGAAAUGCACAGACGGAUCCACACGGGAGAGAAACUGUUUCAUUGUAGCUUCUGUGAAAAGAAAUUUGUCCAUCGAGAUAAACUUCAGAUCCAUGAGAGGAUUCACACUGGAGAGAAACCAUUCCAGUGUGAAUAUUGCCCAAAGAAGUUUUCUCGGAAAGACAAGUUAAAAAUUCACAAUAGUUCACACACGGGAGAGAAACCGUAUCAUUGUAGUUAUUGUCCAAAAUGUUUUGUGCAACGAGACAAAUUGAAAAUCCAUGAGAGGAUCCACACAGGAGAGAAACCUUUCCAUUGUGAGUUCUGCCCAAAGCAGUUCUCUCGGAGUGACAAGCUGCAGUUGCAUCGACGGACACAUACAGGUUAACCAGCAGACAAGCUGAUUGGAUGGACGUAAUGAUAAUGUUGGUGAUAAUACUAAAAAUAAUAGUUUCUGAUUUAAUCCAGGACCACAUUAUUGUUGAUUUAAAUGUGUUUAAAAUAUAUUUAUUUUACCUGGUUUCAGUAUUUUAUUUCUAAGAAAAAAAUCACCCCCUCUCUAAACACCUAGUAUCCACUUUUAACAUUUGCUGGCCCCUUGUGAGCUCACAACUCACUUCCAAGAGGGCACCCACUUCUCAGGCUUAAAACCUCUCCUCUAAGGCUUCCAUUAUUCAAGAUUGACCAUAGAUCAGCAGCUAGAAAGUUCUUUUCCAAGAUGUAAACCUGAGCAAGGUUUUUCUCAUUAUAAGACACCAGUAGUUACCUAUGUUGAAAGUGUUCUCUCCCCACAUCUCGAUUUAUCCAAGAAAAGACAAGCUCUCGGCUCUCAAAAAGCUUGGUACUACUAUUGUUGCAAAUAGACUCAGAAUAUAAAGAAUUGAAACAAACACUAUUAGCCCUUUUGUCCAAUGGCUUAAUAAUUCUGCCCAUCUACUGACCUUGAUUAGUGCUGUAUUUUAUCAACCCCAUGAGAAAUGAGAAGCAAAGUUGACAUCAGCAGGAUUUGAUCUCAGCCAUGGCCAAUGCCAGUGCCCUCUGACUGGCUCCCGUACUGGUGGCACAUAAAAAGCACUACGUGAUCUAUGCCAGACCUGCUGGUGGCACAUAAAAAGCACCCACUACACUCUCAGAGGGCCGCUGGACUGGCUCCUGUGCAGGUGGCACGUAAAAUACACCAUUUUGAGCGUGGCCGUUGCCAGUACCGCCUGACUGGCCUUCAUGUGUGUAUAUAGUGUAUAUAUUUGUGCGUUUAAUGUAUAAGAAACAUAUUGCAAAUUUUAUCAACAAUGGAGUUUCAUGCUUCCACAAAUCAUGGUGUUUUGUGUUUAACUGAAAUAUUUUCAUCACCAACCAUGGAGAUCUCAUAAGGUUGAUUG